UGUCUGUACUAUGUUUCGUAUGCUCUCUCUCUCUCUCUCUCUAUGCUUUACCCCUUCCAGCUCAUGCCAAUAAUAACUCAUCGUAAAGUGAGGCUUUUCCACUGCCAUGCUCGUUGCUCCCCAGGCCUGAGCCAAGUGUUUUCGGUUCGGCGUCGUUUAAUGCUUCACCUUUCUCUUUCGUCAGCUUUCUUAGCAAUUAAACGGGUGUAUCUUUUGUUUCUCUUUUUCUGGAAUUCAGAGCUGCUUCAGUGUUUGGCUGAUUCUUGAAGAUGUUUGGGUUCUCUCGUCGGCGCAUGAAACUUGGGAGAUUAAAGGUCCAGCUUUCCGACAAUCCUCAGGGAACUAGAAGUCCUAUAAGGCAGCUCAAGCGAAAUGGCAACUCCAAUGCUGAGGGAGUUGCUGGGACAGAUGGUCAUCCUGAUGAACCUGAUGGCCAACGUUCAUCUGCUGUGCCUGAGAUUAGUAAUUGUACGCCAAGCAACUCAGAACAUUGGAUGGUGUUGUCAAUCUCAGGGAAUAAGCCCACUCCUAGAUCCAAUCAUGCAGCAGCUGUCGUUGGGAAUAAGAUGAUAGUGGUUGGUGGUGAAUCUGGUAAUGGAUUGUUGGAUGACGUGCAGGUACUGAGUUUUGAUAGAUUUUCCUGGACCACAGCAUCAUCAAAGCUUUACUUGUCACCUAGCAGUCUGCCACUAAAGAUUCCAGCAUGCAAGGGUCACAGCUUGGUUUCCUGGGGGGAAAAGGCGCUUCUGAUUGGAGGGAAAACAGAACCAGGAAGUGACAGAAUUUCAGUGUGGGCAUUUGAUACAGAGACAGAGUGCUGGUCACAUGUUGAAGCAAAAGGAGACAUACCGGUUGCUCGCAGUGGGCACACUGUUCUUAGGGCAAGCGCAGUAUUGAUAUUAUUUGGUGGUGAAGAUGCCAAAAGGAGGAAACUGAAUGACCUGCAUAUGUUUGAUCUCAAGUCCUUGACAUGGCUACCACUUCACUGCACGGGGACUGGACCUUCUCCAAGAUCAAACCAUGUGGCUGCACUUUAUGAUGAUAAGAUUCUUUUCAUAUUUGGAGGAGCAUCAAAAUCCAGGACCUUAAAUGAUUUAUACUCACUUGACUUUGAAACGAUGGCAUGGUCAAGAAUGAAGAUAAGAGGAUUCCACCCUUCACCUCGGGCUGGCUGCUGCAGUGUUCUUUGUGGUACUAAGUGGUACAUUACAGGGGGUGGAAGUAAGAAAAAGAGACAUACAGAGACUCUAAUAUUUGAUAUUAUAAAAGUGGAAUGGUCUGUGGCAAACACAUUACCUCAGUCUUCAAUCACUACCAACAAGGGUUUUAGCCUCGUACUUGUGCAACAUAAGGAAAAGGACUUUCUUGUUGCAUUUGGUGGAUUCAAAAAGGAGCCAUCGAAUCAGGUGGAAGUGUUGAUAAUUGAAAAAAAUGAACCAGGUCUUGGAAGACAUAGCACUCCCACUAAAGGUCCUGGUUCUAUAAUAUUUGACAAGCAUUCAUCAACUGCUGCAUUGCCCCCUCAACCUAGUGAUCCUUCACAGCGAUUAGUUAACUCUGUUGCUAGACAAAAUCUAGCUUCUGUUAUUGAACAUGGUUCUGGAAGGAAAUCUUUGUCAGAGUCUCUGCUUGCAGAUUCCAAUUCUCUAUCUAGUAACGUGUCUCUUCGCAGGCAAUUUGAUAAUGAAGAAGAUUACGACACAGAUGUCAGGAUAGACAAGACUGCAGAAGUGGAUGGUUGCUUCCCUCAGGUAAGGGCAACAGAUCGCAGAAUCAAUCAAAAUGAUACCGGAAAUCAGAUGAACACAAGCGGAGCCAAGAUCAGUGUAGAGGAGUCACAGUACCAACAACAAAACCUAGGAUAUGGAAAUCUAGUGAUAGAAAGUGAUGAUGUGUCAUUCCCAGAAAUCAGUAAAGCAGAACCAUCGUCCGUUUCAAAUAUCUAUCAAUACUAUGAAACUAAAAUGGCUGCACUCAUAAGGAAAAAUGGGAUUCUCGAGGGACAAUUGGCAGCGGCACUGGCAAGCCGAGAAGCUGCAGAGAAAAGCAUAGCAUCUGUUCUUAAAAGUAGGCAAGAGAUGGAAAAAAAAUUGGCUGACACAGCAAAGGAGAUGGAAUUGCUGAGGGAGAAACUAGCUAGUGUAGAGUUAGCCCAAGAAGAGGCUAAUAGCCUAUCAAACAUUGUCCAUUCUGACAAUGUAAGGCUUGAACAUGAUGUGGCUUUCCUCAAGGCUGUUUUGGAUGAUACCCAGAAGGAGUUACAUUCAACAAGAGGAGUUCUCGCAGGAGAAAGAGCCAGGGCAUUCCAAUUACAGGUUGAAGUCUUUCAUCUCAAGCAGAGAUUGCAAUCAAUGGAAAAUCGAGCACAUACCCCUAGGAAGCCUUUUCAUGUAUAGCGAAGUGUUUUGAGUGGUCAAUGAUGCCAAUGAAUUUCAGAAAAUGUGGAAGAGUUCAACUUGUACAUAUUUGAAUCAAUGAAUUCAACUUAAACAA